AUGAAGUCUCUCGUAGGGCUCUCGUGGCUCUCGGCCUUGUCUUCAUUGGCUACUCUACCUAAUGGCCCUGGUGUCAAUGCUCAAAACAACACACCUAGUGCUUGGCCCUUACACGACAAUGGUCUGAACGACGUUGUGCAGUGGGACCAUUACUCCUUCAAGGUCAAUGGAAAACGUCUCUUUGUCUUCUCUGGAGAGAUUCACUACUGGCGCAUUCCUGUCUACGAGGUUUGGGAAGAUCUGUUGGAGAAGAUCAAGGCAGCGGGCUUCACGGCUUUCGCCUUCUAUGGCAACUGGGCUUACCACAGCGCAAACAACCAGACACUGGACUUUGAGAGCGGCGCCCACGACUUCACCAAGCUUUUCGAGAUUGCGGAACGCGUUGGCUUGUACGUUAUUACCAGACCAGGCCCUUAUGUCAACGCUGAAGCCAAUGCUGGAGGCUUCCCGCUGUGGCUCACCACUGGAGCGUACGGAGAGCUCCGAAAUGACGAUCCAAGAUACCUCCAAGCCUUGGACCCUUACUUCGCUAAGUUCUCUGAACUCACCUCCAAGCAUCUUGUAACCAAAGGUGGCAAUGCACUUGUCUACCAGAUCGAGAACGAGUAUGGCGAGCAGUGGGAGGAUACCAAAGAGAAGAUUCCCAACGACGCUGCCGGACGAUACAUGCAAGCACUGGAGGACUCUGCACGAGCCCACGGUAUCGAUGUUCCUCUUAUUCACAACGACCCCAACAUGAACACCAAGAGCUGGAGUAAAGACUUUGCGCCCGGCGCUGUUGGCAAUGUCGAUGUUGCUGGAUUGGACAGCUACCCGUCUUGCUGGUCUUGCAACCUUGACGAAUGCACUGGGACCAACGGAGAAUACGUAGCCUACCAGGUCAUCGACUACUACGACCAUUUUGUUGAAGUUUCUCCCACUCAACCAUCCUUCUUCCCAGAAUUCCAGGGUGGAUCUUACAACCCCUGGGGUGGACCUGAGGGUGGCUGCCCCGGCGACAUUGGAGCUGACUUCGCAAAUCUCUUCUACCGCAACCUUAUCUCUCAGCGUGUAACCGCAGUCUCACUCUACAUGAUGUUCGGAGGAACCAACUGGGGUGCUCUAGCUGCUCCUGUCACAGCUACCUCCUACGACUACAGCAGCCCGAUUAGCGAGAACCGUGAGAUCGGCGCAAAGUACUACGAAACUAAGAACUUGGCUAUGUUCACCCGCGUUGCCGACGAUCUCACCGUCACCAACCGUCUCGGUAACUCGAGCUCAUACAGUACAAACUCCGCUGUUGAGGCUAGUGAGCUCCGCAACCCCCUUACCAACGCUGCUUUCUACGUUACGAUCCACUCGACCUCUUCUUCCGCCACUAAGGAGUCGUUCAAGCUUCACGUUAGCACCUCGGUAGGAAACCUGACUAUUCCACAGCACGCCGGUUCGAUUGUUCUUGAUGGUCACCAGUCCAAGAUCCUUGUUACAGACUUCGCCAUGGGCAACAACACCCUCACCUACUCUACCGCUGAGGUUCUCACAUAUGCCAUAAUCGAUUCUAAGCCAGUCGUUGUACUGUCCACUGGUGUCGGCGAGUCUGUUGAGUUCCACGUCAAGGGUGCUUCCAAGGGCUCUUUAGCCAGCAACGGAACCAGCUCGAACGCGACCUUCCAUGCAGAAGCCCACGGUCUCACAACCAACAUCCAGAAGGUUUCCGGCAUGAAUGUGUACCAGUUCGACAAUGGCGUGAAGGUUGUUGUUGCUGACAAACCCACCGCCUACUUGUUCUGGGCUCCCAACCUGUCAAACGACCCUUUCGCGCCGGUUGACCAAUCGGUGCUUGUUCAGGGCCCAUACCUCGUCCGCAGUGUCGCUCUAGAUGCUGGUGUUCUCGCUCUCAAGGGAGACAUCAUGAACAGCACGAACAUCGAAGUCUUUGCCGCUGGCAGUGCGCAGACACUUUCUUGGAACGGAAAGGAGCUAGUGACUUCUCGAACAUCAUACGGCAGCUUGAAAGCCCACGUCGCUGCAUUCAACGGUACUAUCAACCUCCCUUCCCUGGAAAACUGGAAGAUGAACGAAGGACUCCCAGAGAAGACGCCAGAGUACGAUGACAGCGGUGCCGCGUGGGUUGUCGCCGACCAUCUUACCACUCCCAACCCGACAAAGCCCGACACCCUGCCUGUUCUCUAUGUUGACGAAUACGGCUUCCAUAACAGUUUCCACCUCUUCCGUGGUUACUUCGAUGGCGCAGCUACUGGUGUGCAGCUCUCCGUUCAGGGUGGUCUCGCUUUUGGCUGGAGCGCAUGGUUGAACGGUGAGCUAGUUGGUUCAUGGUUGGGUAACACCACCCUUGGCGUUGGCAACAUGACAUUGUCGUUCGCCAACGCAACUCUGCACCAGAACAGCACCAACGUCUUGCUCGUCGCACAGGACAACACUGGUCACGACCUCCGUGGUGGUGCUACCGAUCCCCGCGGUAUCCUCCGUGCUACUCUAGAAGGCGCAAACUUCACAUCCUGGAAAAUUGCCGGUGAAGCAGGUGGCGAAACCGAGCUUCUCGACCCAGUACGUGGACCUCUCGCUGAAGGCGGUCUCACAGCCGAGCGUCUCGGAUGGCAUCUCCCCGGCUUCGACGACUCUGAAUGGGCGUCCGGUUCACCAUCCACCGGUUUCGAGGGUGCAGACAUCAAGUUCUACCGCACCACCAUCCCUCUCGACGUCCCCGCUGAGGUCGAUGCCUCUUUCGCUUUUGUAUUCAACGCCGUUGGCUCUAAGACUAUCCGUGCACAGCUCUUCGUUAAUGGCUACCAAUAUGCGCGCUUCAACCCGUAUGUCGGAAACGAGAUCAAGUUCCCUGUCCCACCGGGUAUCCUCAACUACUCAGGUGACAAUGUGAUUGGUCUGAGCGUAUGGGCGCAGUCAGAGGAGGGUGCACAAGUUGACGUGCAGCUUGUGCAGGAGUAUGCGAUUGAGAGUAGUUGGAGCUCGAGGUUCGACUCGGAGUACUUGAGGCCAGGGUGGACGGAGGAGAGGUUGGCUUAUGCUUAG